GAAUUAAUGACAAAACAUCCAGGAAAUCCCCUUGAUCAUGGAUGGGUCUUUGAAAUCUAGUGACUUAUCACUUGAAGUGCUCGGUGGUGCAUCCCAUAACAAAGUUUCUGAAUUGAAAGAAGAAAAUAUAAAUUAUGAUUCAGACAAUGAAUUUGGUUCCAUUGACCUCAACUUUGAUGACAAGGAUUGUCUGUCAGGCAUUGACUCGUCUAUUGAUGAAUGUUUCAAUGAUAAAGGACCACCUUUGGAUGAUGACAUAAUAGAUGCUAUUGGCUCUGAAAAUAAUUUGAUAACAUUGUCACAAAAAGAAGAUAAUAUUUUCAGUGAGAUAAAGGAUUUUAUUACAAGAAGAAAGUCAGGAUCUAGAUCGCAAAGCUCCUUGACAAAUUCAGAUAGCACUACUCAUGUUAGGACUUCUAGUCAGUUCUCAUCAAUACCUUAUGGAAUCAUUCCUAAAGCAAGCUAUGAGCAUGGCAACAUGUGCUCAGACAUUAUGGGUGGUAAGUAUAUUUAAAUUAUACGAAUAACUAAAUAAAACCUACAAGUUCUCAAUACAGAAUUGAUCUUGCAUAAAAUUUUCCUUCUUGUUCUACCUAAUUUAGACAGGAUCAGUCAGUUUUAGUAAAUUGUAUCUCAUAUAUUUUCAGACUCAAAACCAAUGGAAAGGUAUAAGGUUUAUAAUACAUUUUAAUCAACUUUGUUUUUCUUCCUUUCAUUGAUCAACUUAUGUUAUUUGUGUUUGCCUGUUGAUUAUGUUGUUAAUUAAGUAUCUUAGUUUACAUCUGCAUAAGUCCUAAGUUUUCAAUUGUAAGUUUUAACAAAUUGAUUUUUGUUCAAUUUUUUAAAAAGUGACCUAUUUUAAAAAAAAACAAACAACAGUAAUUGCUGACAAUUUGUCAUAUUUUCUUAAGGAUGUGAUAUCCAAAUUACAGUUUCAUAUUUGAAAAUCUAAGAUAGAAUAACUGUGCUUUAACAACCCUAUCCAUUCCAAUGAUUAAUAUUCUUUAUACAUUUUUGCUACUACUUUUCUAUACAUUUAAACUCAUUAAAAAAUUAGAGCAUAUUUUAGAAUAAAUUUUAUAAUGUUGUAAAGUUUUGUAUUAGAUUAUGAAUAUCAUGGUGACUUGUUAAUAUGCUUUCCUUAAUAUAUACAUUUUAAAAUAAUAGUCAGUAACGCAAUGCUAAAAGGAAAUUCAUUUGUUGUAUAAAUGUCUGGUCUGCUUUGGUAAAAUAAUAUAUCUCAACAGAGUGAACUGUAAUGCAUCAAAUAUUUAUUUAUUCACAGUUACUUACAAUAAUAGGAUGCGCCAGUUUAUCAUCCUUGAUGCAAAAGGCAUUACAACCUGGAAGAGAGAUGCAGUUGAUCAUAGAGGUAGCAUAUUUUGCCUUUUGAAUUUAAUUUAUUUCAAGUAAAAAUAUUGGCUAAAUUUAUCACAAAAUUAAGGACAAAUUGAAGAAAUUAAUUGCACUUUUAAAUGACACAUCAGAAGCCUUUGACACUACUUAUGUGAAAACAGGAAAAUGUCAUUUUAAGCAUAUUUCGCCAUUUGUUUUUUUCAAAUAUAUUAAAUAUUAUUUUAAUUCUUUUGCACAGUUAACAGAGUUCUUGAGUAUCCAAAAUAUGAGUAUAAAUUAAUAACCCAUCUUGUGUAUGCCAAGAAACAUAACUGCUAUUUUGGGCUUGGCAAAGAUUUCUCAUUAAAGGUGAUAAUUUUAUAACAGUUAUUUAUUUAUUUUUUUUUCUAAAAUAUUUUCUGCUUAUGGCAGAUAUGGUGAAUGUCGUAACUAGCUGCAUUAUUGCUAAAUAAUAAACUUAGGAUACUGCUUUACUGGCUCCAUAAAAGCAACACUACACUGACAAAACUGACAGCAACUAUGUGGGGUGAACACUAAUUCAAUAAAUGCUUUUUUAUAUUUAUUAUUAAAAUUGUUUAAAGAUGUUAAGUUUCAAUGCAACUGUCAUAAAAAGGAACAUGCCUCAAGUAGAUGUUUUCCCUAAAGUCAACCCUACCAUCAAUGUAUUUUAUUUAGCACAAUUAUAAAAUAGUUAUUGUAAAAUGUCAAUCAGGUUUUUAACAGAGAUUUUAUGGAGACAUGCUCUGUUAGUGCUGACCUGAGAUCAGUGCUCUUUAUGCUGUUCAACCCUGUCAGAGAUGAACUUAUCACCGGCGGUGUUGGAGGUACAAAGGUUUGUCAGCUUCAUAAAUUAUCACUAAAAAAAUAUGCUAUAAAUAUCUACUUAAGACCAUCCAUUGGGUAAUUUAUUUAUAGUCAGCAUUUAGUUGUUUGGGUAAAAUUACUGAUUUGUUGUUACCAGGUUUGGCAGUUUCAUCAGCAGGCUGGUAAAGCAUUUGGCUCACUGAGGCCUCUUGGAAACUACGGUCUUACACUCAAGUGAGAAAUGUUUUCUUUAAAGGUUUAUAGAGAAAAAGUUGUGAAAACCCAUUUAUUUCUUAUAAUUCACUGACACGCCAUCAAAAUAUUGAGCUGAAUUUUCAUUAUGUAAAGAAUAAUAUUGGGGAGACUGCAAACAAGCUGUAGGAUUGUGGGAUUUAUGAAUCCUUCAAGAUGUAUUUUGUAUGUUAGAGGACUGAAUGUAUUAAUGUCCUUAGACAAGAACUACCCAAUGUUGGUGGAGGGUGGGUGAAGCGAGUGGACCUGGACUACAAUCUGGAACACUUGUACUGCUGCAGUGAUACUGGGCUGCAUGUGUAUGACCUUGACGGGAAGGAAAUCUUAAAAUUUGAAAGGUUGGUUUAUUUUUUAAAUGAAUUAUAGCUUGAUCUGCUUGCUCAAAAGGUGAGAUGAACCCCCAAAAUUUGUCCAUACCUGAAAACAUUAACCAGUAGUGAAAUAGUAAUGCUGUAUUUUUACCCAACUGGCUUAUUUCGUUUUACUGCUUAUUUCAGCGCUCACUCAAUGACCAUUACAGGGUGCAGAUAUUCCCAAUAUGCUAAUUUUCUAGUGACAUGUUCAGUGGACUGUGAAGGUAAUACUAAUAUUACGGAGAGGGCAUAAAAGAAAAAUAAUGUUAUAAAUUUAUGUUUUGUUGUCUUAUACAUUUUGAGUAUUUAUACGAGAUAGCUAUUGUUUAUUACUCAUAAUAAAUAACUUUAAAAAAAGUUAUCUAGUUACUAUUGAUAUAAUUUUAGUGGAGUAAAAAUCAUAAUAGGAGGAUGCCAUCAAAAAAUGUCCUUUUGGUCACAUCCUAACCUAAAUACAAUUUAGGGGCACAACAAAGAAUAAACUUUAGUUACUAAUUACUUUCACCAUCCAAAUAACAUAAUAUUUUUAAUAUCUCAAUUUUGUAUGUAUAUAGUCGUAAAGAUAAAUAUUUCUGGUUUGGUGAAAACCCCUUAUAAAACCCUUACAUAUUUAUUUGAGAAUUUAAUGAUUUUCAACAUAUUAAAAAAAUGUCUGUAAAUUCUCACUGCACUACAUGUUUAUGAAAUGAUUGCUUUAGUGAAAGUAUGGAGUGUCCUAGGAGGACUUGUGCAUACAUUUCGAGGUCACUCCAGGGCAGUGACCAGUCUGAUGCUACACCCUGCCACUUCUAGCAUAGUCAUCACCUGUUCUCUAGAUGGCAGCAUCCGAAUGUGGUCACUAGACACCAUGGAAUGUCAUUACAGGUCACAAAACUUUUGAUAUUGUGCGAUUGAAAUUAUUUCACAAUUGUACCAUGUACUUAAUAGUAAUAAUAAUAAUAAUUGCAGUGGUCUUAUAAAAUGCGGCACCUCAGCCUAGGAAUGGGUUCACUUUGCUUCACAUAAAAACUUGUAAAAAUAAACAAGCCAUUAAAAAAGUUGCAUAAAUUUAUUUACUUGAUUGCUCAUUAAGUUUUGAACGACAUAAUGUAACAAAAUUAUGAUAACAUAAUUACAUAAUUAAGAAAACUAGUUUUGUUUGUAAUCAUGUCUAUUGACCUAAAAUGUAUGAAUAUGUUUAAAUGCUUUAAAUGUGCUGUGAAACAGAUACAUACUAUUUUAAGUUAAAAUAAAAUAACUAUUUUAUAAUUGCUUUGUUAUGGUACUUAUAAUUUCUUUGCACAGCCAAAUGAACUUUUAACUCCAUUAAUUUUAUUUUUGACAAGGAUGUAUCCACAAACUAAUUGUUUACAUAAAAUUUCUUUUGGAUUUAACUUUGUUUGUUUGCCUUUGAGUUUGUUUAUUAUCAACUUGGAUAUUAAAAUUUUAAGGGCCCAUCAACUUUCGUUGCUGUAGUAAAACAUGAGUCGUUGAUGUUGAGACCUUUCAGACUUAUUCUUUUUCUUUUUCAAUCCUUGUUGACAGCAUUGUUGUAUCAGUGGAUGGUGUUCUGUGGAUGGGGCAGACUGACGACAACAUCCUGUACUUGUGCACAGCAAGAACACUAACCCUGUGGAACAUAAAUUAUUGUGUGCAGUUCUGCGCCCAUGCUAGAAGCAACGUAACAAGUUUGUCUUGCUGCGGUGGCAAGGAUAAAACCACCAGACUGAUGGUCAUAAGUGAAGAUAGCAGGUGGUUUUAAAACUGACGGCCUAUUCUUUGAUUAACAUUUUUUUUUAAAAUUCAACAUAGCAUCACUUUAUUGUUUAUUUUCCUUACCAACAAUUUUAAAUAAUGUUUAAAAGCUGCACAUUUCAUUUCUUCUAAAAAUUCUACCAGUUCAUCUUUCACUUUCAUGCAAAAUAUAUGAAGCUGCAGUGUGAAAAUAUUAAAUACUCUAUUUUUUCAAUUAUUUCAACCUUAACUGUGGACCACUUCUGCUAACUUAUAUUCUCACUACAGGCACCAGUGAUUUUUUUAUACUACCAUGCAGUGGAUACACACCUCUGAUUAUUUGAUACCUUUAUUAUAAAGUCUUUGGGCACAUGAUCUCAUCUUAGCGAAACACCUGAGGUUCAAAAGCUGUGCAUAGUGAUGGUAACUUUCUGUUAAUAGUUUCAUUGCACCUCUGGUCAUGCAUGUGACAUCUCUCUUGUUAACUCCAGUGUGCGCCUGAUGGCCAGGAGCAAUAUGAAAAAUAUGAGCACAGUUCUGCCACCUCCCAGCAUAUCUCCAUUACAGAAAGUGAUGAGUGUCUGCUACAGCAGGCAGCGAAACACAAUGUACUUAUUGAUCGAUCCUUAUGAGAUUUGGGUCUAUACAACAAGGUAUUUCAUUCAUGGCUCUUGUUUUGCUUGCUAAUCAGACUCCAGGAUGGAGAAAUCGGUAGAUUCUCCUAAGCUGAACUUUUAACCCACAGUUUAACCUUGUGGUGAUAAUAUUUUUUUACAUGCAAAUUUGUUUGUUAAACUCAUGGAGAAGAAAACAAAAUGUGGAAAGAUGUAUUUAUCAUCAACAAAAAAAUAAAAAUAAUAACACUAAAAACAAAAAGUAAGUAACUUUGAGAACCAAUAAGGCAUUAUUUAAAUUAAUACCAUCUUUCACAACUAUUUAAUGUGACCUAUGUUAAAAUGCAGCUGUUUUAAAUUCAAUAGAACAGACCCAGCUUGUCGCAUAGCAGUUUGGGAUGUUUCUGAUUUGCAGAGAAACUUUAUAUCAACAAAAACGGCUGUGGAUAAAGUUGAAGAUGUUAGUAGUCCUGCAAGGUUAGUAUUGGAUGUCAGUAGUCCUCCAAGGUUGGUAUUAGAUGUUAGUAGUCCUGCAAGGUUAGUAUUAGAUGUUAGUAGUCCUGUAAGGCUAGCAAUAGAUGCCAGUAGUCCUCCAAGGUAAGUAUUAGAUGUCAGUAGUCCUGUAAGGUUAUCAUUAGAUGUCAGUAGCCAUGCAAGGUUGGUAUUAGAUGUUAGUAGUCCUGCAAGGUUAGUAUUAGAUAUCAGUAGUCCUGUAAGGCUAGCAAUAGAUGCCAGUAGUCCUCCAAGGUAAGUAUUAGAUGUCAGUAAUCCUGUAAGGUUAUCAUUAGAUGUCAGUAGUCCUGCAAGGUUGGUAUUAGAUGUUAGUAGUCCUGCAAGGUUGGUAUUAGAUGUCAGUAGUCCUGUAAAGUUAGUAUUAGAUGUCAGUAGUCCUCCAAGGUUGGUAUUAGAUGUCAGUAGUCCUGUAAAAUUAGUAUUAGAUGUCAGUAGUCCUCCAAGGUUAGUAUUAGAUGUCAGUAGUCCUAUAAGGUUAGUAUUUUGAAAACUUGUAACAUUUAAAUUACAACAUUUUAUAAGGGCUUGAGGGUAAACCCUCCCUUAUUACCUUAUUACCUGACUCUGUCUCACCUUUAAAAUAGAAACACAUUUGUGACUUAUUUAAGAUAUUUUGUUAUGUAUGGCCAUUAAUGACUGAUAUGGUGUUAUAUUUUUGCUGCAGAACCACAUUUAACAAGCCACCCCCAUCCCACAGAGCUACGGAAGGUGGCAGUGCAAAUCAGCCUAUAGCCAACUGUUGUUGUCUGGCUGUUCUCAACUCUGACGCCAUUUUUUGGUCAGCUCAAGGAAAGAGCUGUACCGAGCAGGAUGUAUUUCUUCUUUUGGGUCUUGAGGUAUUUAUGUUUUUGAACAGUUUUUUUUUAUAGGUGUUAAGACUUACUCAUUUGUAUAAUUCUUGUUGAUCCUUCUACAUGUCCAUUUUUUAUUUUUACAAAGCACAAGUUGGUUCUUUGAGGUGGUUUUUGUAUAUUAAGGUUUUUAAGAGAGUAAUUAUUUUGAUAUCAAUGAAACUAGACCUCCAAAUGUCAAACCCUGUUCAAUAAAGUAUGUUUUAAAUAACAAGGAACAAGCCAGGUACAAAAAAAAACAAAUGCACGCAUGCAGGAACUUAUGUCCAUUUAAUGGCACAUUAUUUUUUUUAUACCAGGAUGGAAGAAUAUUGUUUAUGGAUCCAGUCGUCAAAGCACAGAAAUACCUAGAGUUUAAAACUGGGAAAGAUGCAGUAAGAUUGCUAUGGACCUAAUUUAGUUUCUUUGGUUUAUUAGAAAUAAUUUUACAUCAAGCAAUAAUAACAGAGCAGUCUAUAUUUAUAUAAGUUAACUCUUAACUUUUCACUAUUUAAUUUAUUCAAGUUCAUUUCUAGAGUGGAUAAAAAUGUAUUUGUGGCUAUUUAGAGGAGGAACAGUGUGAUUAAAGUCCAAAGAUUUAACUGGAACUUAACAAAAACAUUGUACCAUGCUCUUAACAAUGUUAAAUAAUUUGUUUCUUUUAAUAAAUGUAUGAACAUUUUGAUUUACCAAGUAGCUUACAUUCCUAAUAUAAAGAACAAGAUUUCGCUCUAAUGUCUUUAUGACCCUUCCAGGUGUUAGACAUCAGUCAUGAUGUAAACCACAACAGUUUGCACACUCUCUACAAGGUCAAGGGCAUGAUGCUGGUUCACAUCUGGAACCUACCUGAUUUAGAAUUACAGAAUGAGGUCUACAUGGCCCCUGACCUGGAGGCUUACACUAGACUGGUCAGUAGCUGGUCAUCGAAACAAAAAUUAAAUAAAUUAUAAAUAGUGCAUCCUCAUUUCUCCUCAUUGUUAAAAUAUUUAAUAACCUCGUGUUAACAAAUACCAAUAAUGUUAUCUUAUUUCUCUUUUUAUACACAAAAAUUUUAAAGAUUAAAAACCAAACUACUCUAAUUCUGAGUGUCUUGCUCUCAUUGGCUUAUGAUCAAAAGAAAAUGUAAAAGAAAAUCUGAAUUAAUCACAAAACUUAACUUGUAAUUUCCUAGGACAACAGCUUGUUUACAGGAUAUACCAGUGGGUGUGUCCUCUUCCACAGUUUAGAGAAAGUCAAAGAUAUUGGACUGAACAAAGCUAGAAGUGAGAAGCACAAUUAUGAAAUAUUUUUAUAUUUUAUAAGCAUUGUCUUUGCCAUUAGUCUUUGCAUGUUUGACCAAAAAAAAAAGUUUAAAAACUUUAAUCAAUAUUACAAUUUGUGUAACUCAAAGAAAAAUAUAAUUUUUAAGAAUGAUAUCUUCUUCUUAAUUAUUGACUUUAGCGAGAAUAUUUUCUUCUAUAACUUGCAUCUAAUUGUUGUCAUGAGAAGCCAUGUUUAAUGUAAGUAUUUGUUAUAAUGAUGGACUUCUUCCUCUCCAGAUCCUAUCAUGAAUCUCCUCUUGUCUCGCCACUCAAUCAUAUCAGUACUAUAACACGGAAUGAUGCUUUUAAACCACAUUAAAAAAAAUGAAGAUCCCAAAACUCAUACUAACCUACCACUCUCCCGAUAUGAUUGCCCAAAAAAUACUCAUAAAGAAUCGACACAUACUUUUUGCUCACCCUGACGCCAACAGGAUAUUCUCAUCCCCUCCACUUAUUGUCUUUAGACAGGACAAAAAUCUGGGUGACCUUCUGGUUCACAGUUGCCUUCAGGCUGACCCAUCUCACAUUGGGAUUAAACCAUUCUCAAGAAGCCAUGUUAGAACUUACCCCUAUACACUCGAUAUCUUAUUGAAUUGUGAUCUAUGUGAUUUUCUGUAGAUGCCUCUCCCGUUAUGUAGGUGAAACGGGAAGAAGAUUUUCUCAUAGAUUCACUGAACAUCUUCAUAAUAUCAAACAGGGCAAACUUUCCCCAGUCUCAUCCCAUUUCAACAGCGAUAAUCACAAAAGGACAUCAGGUGUAUCUAUCAUGGGACUGUUUCCUGCACUAACGUACCAGUGAGAAUUAGAAGGGGAAACAAAUUAAUUCAGCUUUUCGGCACAAUAUCCCCAUAUGGAAUCAAUCUAAUGCUCUCCUACUAGUGAUCCUUAAUUUCCCCUUUUUUCUUUUCUUAUUUCUUAUAUUUUACAUAAUUCCAAAAUAUUUUUGUCUGUUAAAAGCUUAUUUUUCACGGUAAUGAGACAUAAAUUCUUUUACUUCCUGCAAUCUUAGUUUUGGAAAAAUAAAGUUCUGGCAAUAACAUUAAUGGCAACCUCAAACUCCUUUUUAACUACUUUCUAUUUCUUUUUGUUUCUUCAUUAGUCCUGUCUGCUGGGAAGACUCUUAGAUGAAUUGCUCUUCUUUUACUGUCCUGUCUUUAUAUUUCAAGCUUCCACAUACCUUGUCCCACCAUUGCCUUCACACAUCUUAAACACAUUCCUCCCUUUAUUAUCUUUUAUUUGUUAUAAUGACAUUACAUGAAUCUAAAUAAUAUUUUUGUUAUAAAUUUGAUUAAUUAAAUCAGUUUUUGAGUCUCAGUGCUUUUAUUUAACAAUUGAUUAAUUAUUUAACCCUAAAUCUUCUGUCCAGCGAAAGUACAAUUCUCACAAUAACCUCAAAAUCCACAAUUAAAAUGUUUUAACUCUUCGCCCCAGUGCUGCCAAAUGUUGAAGAUGUUGUAGAGACCCACCACAAACCAGAGCACUUGGCCCCAAUAACCACUGUUGAUGUUUGUAUAUCACUGAAAUUGUUUUGCUCUUGCAGGUAUGUUUACUAUGUCUAAUUUUGUUUAAUUGAGUCAGUUUGAAACAUUUGUUUAUGAGCUCCAUCACUGCUCUAGCAUGCGCUUAAACCCAAUUCCUGAUGUACAAUUCAGUUUGACAAUGAGGAUCAAGUCUGAGAAGGAAAUAGUGAAACUACUUUCUAUUUCUUGUUGUUUCUUCAUAUGUCCUGUCUGGUGAGGAAGGCUCUUAGCCAAAGCAUUCCUCUAUCAUUGUCCUGUCUUUAUAUUUCAAGCUUCCACAUACCUUGUUCCGCUAUUUCCUUCAACUUGUUUGAAAACAGUCCCUCAUGUAUUAUCCUUCAAGUCUGAGUUAGUUUUUAUUUUACUGCUUUUGUAAAACUGGUGUAUAAAAUUUGGUUAAUAAUAUUGCAAUAAGUGAAUUCUAUAUUUAAAAAAAAAAUAUAUGUUGAUUACUUUGUUGCAGCAAUGAUGGUGCAAUAAAAAUCUGGACUGAAGAUGGUUCCUUAUUGACAGAAAUCAUGUUAGACUCAAGCUUAACUACAGCUUGUUUCCUCAAUAAUAUGGGGGACUUAGUGAUAGGCUUCCAGAAACAUCUCUUCUUUAUUGACCACUCCAAGAGUAAGAAAAAGUCACAUUUCAGCAAUGUUCAUUAAAAUACAAAUCAUUUUUUUCUUAGAAUUUAAAAUAAAAAUGUCAGAAAUCAAUGCAUUUUAAUGUACAAUGCUCACAUGGAAUGUUGAUUUUGAUGGGAUCACAUUUAAGGUGAACAUAAAUUCUUUGCAGAUUCUCAUUUAUUGUAGAUUCCUAGAAGAGAAAUGAUGAUAACUAAGUAUUGACAGUUUUCUAAAAAAAAUAUGCUGAAAAAAAAUAAUCUGUUUACUUGAUACUAGAUGCUACAUUUUUCUAAUCUUCAGCAUGUUUGGAAAGUAAAUUUCUUUACUGAUAUUCUUCAAAAUUUUGAGAUUUAAAAAAAAUCAUGUGAAUUUUUUUUUCCAUUUUCUCAAAGUUUAUUCACAGAUGGUGGUGCCUGAAUCUGACAUGGAUACUUUUGAUAAAGGCUAGUGGAAUAUCAUGUGAUUUUUUUUAAAAUAGGCUCUGUGUUUACAGUUAGCAAAUGCAAACUUCAACAAAUUAAUUUCUAAGAGAAACAGCUAAUAUAAAAAAAAAAACUGUCAUCAAGUAACAAAUAUAAACUGAAAAUGUUCAUUCUUUUGUGAUACACUGAUUCAGUUAGAAUAUAGGUAGUGACAGACAGAUUGAGUAUUCAAUGUUGAAUGAUAAAAGCAAAAUAUAAUUAACACAUUGGUCACACUUUUUUAAUGUAAUAAAUUUACAUGGUCAUGUAAGGUUUUCUUUAUGCCAACCUUAUUAAGGUUAAAAUGCUGAUUAUAAUAUUUUGUGAAAUAAUAAGAUUUGUUAUAAUUUUAUCUUAUAAUUGAAUUGGCUUUAAAAUAUCUUAUUUCAGAGUCUGUGAUCUAUGAGGACCCAGCUGUGAUGUAUGAAGGAAUUAUACCGUAUCCUGAUCCCAUUACAUUGGAAAACUAUUUAGUACGUUUUGUGCACAAUUUUUUGACAAAAUGUUGUUUUAUUCUGUAACAUAUUUCUUAGUUGAAAUGUGAUUUGUUACUUUUUUUAAAUGUGCAUUUCUUAAAGCUUAAAUUUGAUGACAAUAAAUAUAUAUAGCUGUUUUCAGGUACCUUUUGAUAUUGAAUUUUCUAAAGACUUCUUUGAAGGAAAAGUCGAACUGGAACCUCAAUCACUUAAACCUGUGGUAUGUUCAUUUGAGAUUAUUCCCAACUCUUAUUUCACUGGCUACUGCAACUUAUAUUAAAUAGCGUUUGAUAUUUUUCAAAUGAUAAAUAAAUCCAUUGAGUUCAUCUGAAAAGUGGGAUGCAUUUUUUUAUUUAAGAAAUGUAGAAUCUUGUUCAUGUUAAGCUAAUGUUUGCAAAGUCUGCUUGUGAGAUCACUACAUGGCAUUUUGUCUUUGUACUAUACAGUUUGUUUAUUGUUGUUGCCAUUCUAAUAAUUAAAUUUUUAUAUUUAAUAUUUACAUUACCUCUAGAUAAUAUAGAUAAUAUUUGCUUAGUGGUUUCAUGUUUAAAUUUAAAGUGUGAAUGAUUGCUGCAACUAGUUUUUUUCUGUCUAAUUAUGGUAGUGACUUCCCUUGGUAGAUGUUAUGAACUGAUGUGUAAGCUGUUUUGGUUUUGUAUAUUGAAUAAUGGCUUGGUUAUGAGUUGGGAUAUUCAUGUGGCUGAGAUGAUGUUGCUUUGUUGAUAAUUUGCUAGGAUAUAGUAAACAUUACACAUCCAACUGUUUUUGUUUUGUCAUUAGUAUGCUGUCAGGAUUUUGAAUGUAGGCUUUGCUUUAUAGAUGUACAUGUGCUGUUUCAAUGCAGGAAAUAGAAAGGGCGUCUAGGGCAUCAAUGGCACCAACAGAAAUCUACGUAUCACCUGAUGCCACGCCAAGACGACGUCUCUCAUUGGUUGAUUUAACAGUAGACUCUUCAGUCACCAAUGGUGACCUUGCAGACUUCAUGCAUAAGACUAUAGAGCAUAUGGAAGAAAAAGGUUUGAUCCUUUUUUUUUUAUUUGAUUUUUUUUUUUUUUAUGAUAAUUUAAAUUUUAUAUACAAUAAUGUUUUUGUUUAGUCCAUUUUAAUGGUAAAUAAACUUCAUUUGGCACCCUUGUAUACUACACAAAUUAUAUUACUCAAAAUUUAUGUUCUUUGUGAUGGCAAUACUAUUUAGUGUUUUAAUGCUUUUUAUGCAUAUAUUAAAUAUUAUUGGUUAGAUUAAGAUUAAAUACCCUGAUAGUUUAAAAAAAAUAAAACAAUGUUCAACUAUAAUCAGGGUUAACACUAAUAAACUCAUUUUCACUAAAGGAGUUAAUUGAUGGCUGAUUGUCUAUGCUAGAGAAAUACUUUAGGUGUCUUGUGUUUAAGUUGUUAUAAUUGUAAAAUGUUGUCUUGGUUUAAACAUGUAUUUAUUGAUGUGCUGAAAAUGAAUAUAUAUAAAGCAAUGUAAAAGAUUUGCCAUUUAUUUGGAGCAAAAAAAAAAAAAUCUUACUAAUUUUUACAGCCUUAGAGCAAGUUUGUCUCAGUUAUGACAUUAGCAUGAGAUGAUUACUGCUGAAGAUGUUUGCUUAUUUUUUUUUAAGUAGCCUACUCUAGUAGAUAAAUUAUUUUAAACUAGCUAUAGCCCACCAAACAUUGGCCGCCGGAAAGCAUUAACUUUCCAUCGAAUAAAAUUACUUGACAAAACAUGCAUUUAAGUAAUGCACUUUAUAAGCUUCCCAAUUAGUGCUCCCCCCCCCCCCCAUCCUGGGGUAUGCCACCACCCCUGAAAUAUAUUAUUAUUCUAAUAUCUCACCACCCAAAAUUUGCCGCCGGAAAGCAUUAACUUUUCAUCGAAAAAAAUUAAUUUACAAAACAUGCAUUUAAGUAAUUCACUUUAUAAGCUUCCCAAUUAGGGCUCCCCCCCCCCCCCCAUCCUGGGGUAUGCCACCACCCCUGAAAUAUAUUAUUAUUCUAAUAUCUCACCCCCUUUUACACAUUAAUUUGUUGCCGUAAAACAAAAUAAAAUAUUAUGCAUCAAAUGCACUUAAUGUAUUUUUAAGAAUUUAUUUAGCACAGUUAUCGGACAUUUUAUUUAGUGAAAUUAAUCAGCACCAUCUGAUAGCAUUAGUGACAUUGUUACAUAGAGAAUUAUUUAUUUUAAUUAUUUUAAAUAAAUCUUUUCCUUAAGUAUGAAAAAUUUAGGCUAAAUAGGAGUCUUUUAAAACAAUUAUUAUGACUGAUAAUGUGAUUUUAACCUUUAUACUGCUCCAGUAAGGUAAAACAUUCAAUCAGGCAAACAUGUUUCAAUUUUAAUUGUUUCUUCAAGUUCCAGGAACACAACUUCCUUUCAGAAACUUUUUUUCAUUUUCAUUGGUUUAAUAAAUUUGAACAGAUAAAAGGGAUAUGAGACAGAUGCAUUUUGAACUCAAGAGAGAAUCAGAGAGCAGAUCUUCUGGUACAAAUAUCAAUUUUUUUGUUACUUGCCGCUUCAGCUUUUUUGAGGUUGCUUAACAUUUUUAUUCAUUUAAAAAAAAAAAUAUUUGACUUAAAUCAAGUUUCAUAAGUAAAGAAUUUUAUUUGCGUGACUUGUGAAUCAUCAUUUAUGUUUCCUCUUUUAUUUUGCUUUCUCCAACCAAAAAAAAAAUUCAUCCCUAUGCUUCCAGUCCAUUUGUACAUAUUUGAUGAUUCAAACAAACAACAAACAACAUCUAGUUGAUUUAACUUAUGGCUUAACAAACUUAUUUUAGUUUUCAAUCUUCAACAAAUUUAUUUCAGUUUAUUUGAUCUUUUACAAAAGUAUGCAUUUUCAUCCUUCUUUAUUUUUCACUUCCCUGUAAAUUUGUUAUUAAUUUUAAAAUGUCUUUAUCCAAGCAUUUUUAAAGAAAAUAUUAAUAUUUUAUUUUACAAAUCUAGGCAUACUUAAAUUUUAUGUUUCAUUUCUUUAUUUCUUUUAGAGUGUGGCUUAAAACUUGUUAGUACUGUUACUAUUCUUAAUUAUCCUUAUGUGAAAAGUAUUUUCUUGACCAUAAUUGACUAUUGCAACUUUAUCUCACCUCAAAGCUUUGGAUUUAUUAAAAAAAUAGUUGAAUUUAUCAUUAACAGUUUUUCUUUUUUUUUAUGAGAAUUAUUUUAUAAUGACUUUUUAAAAAAAAAUGUUUAACAAGAUUAUUGUUGGCCUGUGAUUGGAGGUAAAUAGUGUAAAAAUUACUAUUAAAUUAAGAAAUAUAUUUUCUACCAAGAAUAUCAGAUUUUAUUUCUUCAUAAUCAUCCUUAUCACUUUAUUCUGAUGUAUUUUCUGUCUACCAGACUCAUUUGAUUGACCUAUAUAUAUAUAUUUCAAAUAAAAAUUAUAACCUGCUUUUGAUUUAUUUUUAAAGACAAGCAUUUCUAAUCAUGAAAUAAAAGGCAAUAUUUUCAUGGAUAUAUAAUGUACAUUAGGGCUAUAACUCGUCAUGGAAGUAUAUUAAAAAUAGUUAUGAUAAAUAAUAAGCCCACAAAUCACAAAAUAGCUUUUUUAUGUCCAAUAAUUAUUUUAAAAAAUCUUCUAUAAUCCAUAUAUUUUAUGCAUUUUUGUGAGUUGCUAUAUCUUGAUACUGCAACAAAGUUAAAAAAAACAACACUAUUUUAAAAACCAUUAUGUAAUGCUGGAUAUGAUUAAAAAAUAUCUGCCCUUCUUUUGAUGUGACAGUUUUUGGAAUGUUUAUACUAUUCAUUACUAUAUAUUUUUACUAAAAACCUAAGCAAUUUUACACUAACAAAAGUUAUUAUAUGAAAAUAUGGAAUUUUCAAUACCUUUGUUAAUAUUAUUUCAUAUACAGAUACGCUACUUAUUCACUUUAAGAGUCUAGUUUUUCUAUGUUUAACGUCAGUGACAAAAGCUCUUUAUUUUUACUGUAUAACAUUACGUUCUACUCCAGAGAAUAUAGUGAGAAUUAAUUGAUUUUGAAUUUUUUCCUCAUGGAAAUUAGAAUUAAAAGUUGAUUUAAAAAAUCAGGAUGAAAAUUAAUUUUUAAAAAAAAAUUAAUUUUGAAACAUUUCCCCAGAUAUGAGCGGGCACCUGUGAGCUCUUGGCCUCCUUGGCAUUAGUAAAAUAAAAAUAAAAAUCUAUUUUUCAUAAAUAAUUAAACUCUAGAUCCUUAACAUGGCUGAAAAACAUUAAUUUCAUGUGAACUGUUUUGCAGCACUCCAAGCUCACAAUUAACUCAAUUUUUAACACAAUCUCACAACCAUGUUUCAGCUCACCUUCACGUGAGUAAUUUUCUAAUGUAACCCAUCCACAGCUCUGAGGAGAAAACUAAGAGUUAAACUCAAGCUAAUCAAUGCAGGAAACAAAAAAGAUGCCCCUCCUAAAGAGCAGGCAACCAAAAAGAAGCAAGCAGAGCAACUCAAGUUCUCUUUUCCUAGAUUUGGAAAAUCUCCAGGCCCAACUCCGGAGUCCUCCAGCCCCCCUACACCUGAUCUGAUGUCAGAGCCUGAGGACUUGCUGGUCAGUUUCUUUAAUCAUUAG